CGUGUCAUAUGGCCGCCACGAGGGGCGGAGCUUACUCGGGCGUCGGAGCGGGUUACGCAGGCGCAGAGCAGCGCAGGGACGCGGCGGCCGCUCCCUGGUUGGCAGUCUUCGCUAAGAUGGCGGAUUUCCUGCCGUCGAGGUCUCCGCUAUCGGGGUGCUUCCCCGGCUGCCUGCUCAACAGCAGCGAGGCCGAGCAGCAGCGCAAGUCCAAAGAGAUCGAUAAGUGCCUGUACCGCGAGAAGACCUAUGUCAAGCGGCUGGUCAAGAUCUUGCUGCUGGGCGCGGGCGAGAGCGGCAAGAGUACCUUCCUCAAACAGAUGCGCAUCAUCCACGGGCAGGACUGGGACCUGGCCGCCCGGGAGGAAUUCCGCGCCACGAUCUACAGUAACGUCAUAAAGGGUGUAAGAGUUCUUGUGGAUGCUCGAGAGAAACUUCAUAUUCCCUGGGGAAAUCCUAGUAACCAAACACAUGGUGACAAGCUGAUGGCCUUUGAUACUCGCUCAGGAGUGGCAGUGCAGGGAAUGGUUGAGACUGAGGUUUUCUUACAAUACCUUCCAGCGAUAAAAGCCUUGUGGGAAGAUAGUGGCAUCCAGCACGCCUAUGACAGACGCAGAGAAUUUCAGUUGGGGGAAUCAAUCAAGUAUUUCCUGGAUAACUUGGAUAAACUUGGAGAGCCAGAUUACCUUCCCUCCCAGCAAGAUAUUCUUUUGGCAAGAAGACCUACUAAAGGGAUCCAUGAGUACGAUUUUGAGAUUAAGAAUGUUCCGUUCAAGAUGGUUGAUGUUGGUGGCCAAAGGUCAGAGCGAAAACGUUGGUUUGAAUGCUUUGACAGUGUCACUUCAAUACUGUUCCUGGUGUCAUCAAGUGAAUUUGACCAGGUACUUAUGGAGGAUCGACUAACAAAUCGCCUUACAGAAUCUCUGAACAUUUUUGAAACUAUAGUAAACAACCGGGUUUUCAGCAAUGUCUCCAUCAUUCUGUUCCUAAAUAAGACAGACUUGCUUGAAGAAAAAGUACAGAAAGUGAGCAUCAAGGACUACUUCCCAGAGUUUGAAGGAGAUCCUCACAAUUUAACAGACGUCCAAAAAUUCCUGGUGGAUUGUUUUCGUACCAAACGCCGGGACCAGCAGCAGAAGCCUUUAUACCACCAUUUCACCACUGCAAUUAAUACAGAAAAUAUCCGCCUUGUGUUUCGUGAUGUAAAGGAUACCAUCCUUCAUGACAAUCUCAAACAGCUCAUGCUACAGUGAUGUGCAAAAAGACUGUGUUAACCGUUUACAGCAGGAGUUAGGAAAAAACUGGUCUUGUCAGACCUCAGGAUGUAUGGGUAAAAGCUGCUGCUGUUCAAGUUACUGCCAGUUCCUGUUGAAAUUCAGACUUAAAUCUUUUCUAUUGUAA